CGACGUUUUACGACAGUGCCGUGCGGGAAUACGCCGUCGUUACCGAAGUGAAGUGCGUCUCUUUGGAGCAGCAGAUACCGGCUGAGAGAAACGUAGCAACAAGAGAAAGGAAGACAUUUCGGGCUCGUUUUCCCACCUGGACUAUCUCCGAGCACCACACAUCCCCCUCCAGAGCGUUAAAUUUGACCCGAAAACUCGAUGUGGAAGCUGGGCUGAAGGAAGAAAGGGCCACGCUUGGGGGGGGAAGGCAACUAGCUGAAUUACCAAACCGAGCUCGUUGGAGUCGCUUUAUAGUUGCCUCCCAAGCGACGCUUCAAAAAAAAAAGGAAAGGAGCGGAUACAUUCAGCCUGAACACUGGUGAAAAUGGACUAUGAUUUUAAAGUAAAGCUGACCGGCGAAAGAGAGCGUGUCGAGGACCUGUUUGAGUACGAAGGAUGCAAAGUGGGAAGAGGCACCUACGGUCAUGUGUACAAGGCGAAGAGAAAAGAUGGGAAGGAUGAUAAGGACUACGCCCUCAAGCAGAUUGAAGGCACUGGCAUCUCCAUGUCAGCCUGCAGAGAGAUUGCACUGCUGCGGGAGCUGAAGCAUCCCAAUGUCAUCUCACUGCAGAAGGUUUUCCUGUCACACGCAGACCGUAAAGUAUGGCUGCUCUUUGACUACGCCGAACAUGACCUUUGGCACAUUAUUAAGUUCCACAGAGCGUCCAAGGCCAACAAGAAGCCACUUCAGCUUCCUAGAGGAAUGGUCAAGUCUCUGCUCUACCAGAUCCUGGAUGGCAUCCAUUACCUCCACGCCAACUGGGUCCUCCACAGAGACCUUAAACCAGCUAACAUUUUAGUGAUGGGGGAAGGGCCAGAAAGGGGUAGAGUAAAAAUUGCGGACAUGGGGUUUGCCCGUCUCUUCAAUUCACCACUGAAGCCUUUAGCCGAUCUCGACCCUGUGGUGGUCACCUUCUGGUACAGAGCACCUGAACUACUGCUUGGGGCUCGGCACUACACCAAAGCCAUCGACAUCUGGGCGAUUGGCUGCAUCUUUGCGGAGCUGCUGACAUCUGAGCCCAUAUUCCACUGUCGCCAGGAGGACAUCAAGACCAGUAACCCUUACCACCACGACCAACUGGACCGCAUCUUUAACGUCAUGGGAUUCCCUGCUGAUAAAGACUGGGAGGACAUCAAAAAGAUGCCAGAACACUCCACACUGAUGAAAGACUUUAGAAGGAACACAUACACAAACUGCAGCCUUAUAAAGUACAUGGAAAAACACAAAGUCAAACCAGACAGCAAAGCAUUCCACUUGCUGCAGAAGCUGUUGACCAUGGACCCCAUCCGUAGAAUCACAUCCGAGCAGGCCAUGCAGGACCCCUACUUUUUGGAGGAACCGCUGCCCACCUCUGAUGUUUUUGCAGGCUGCCAGAUCCCCUACCCCAAGAGGGAGUUCCUGACAGAGGAGGAGCCAGAGGACAAGGCAGACAAAAAAAACCAGCAGCAGCAACAGGGAAACAACCACACAAAUGGGGCGGGGCACACUGGCAACCCUGACAACAGCCACGUCCAGGGCCCGCCUCUGAAGAAAGUGCGAGUUGUCCCGCCCACCACUACCUCAGGUGGCCUCAUAAUGACCUCAGACUACCAGCGCUCCAAUCCACAUGCUGCCUACCAGAACCCUGGACCAAGCACAUCACUGCCCCAAAGCAGCAUGGGAUACUCCUCUACCUCCCAACAGCCACCCCAGUACUCCCACCAGACCCACCGCUACUGAGACACCCCUCCAACACACAUACAUACACACACACACACACACACACAUAUGCAUACACAGCCCUCAUCACGCCCACCUGAAAGAAUGUACUGAGGGAUGUGGGGAUGUCCAUUGCAACAAACCCCCCCACCCCACCCCACCCCACAGAGGGCACCUUCUCUGCAGCAGUCUAUUAGGCCAGAAUGACAACAACCUGCACUUCUUCAAGAUAACACACCAUAACCCAAGUAUUAGAAACAACGCUAUAGAGCAAAACCCGAUGGGUGAAACACAAUGCGGGAGGAUGAGAAGAAUGGAUAUCAUGGUCCAAUCCAACCUGUUUCAUUUACUCAGACGUAAUCAAACCAGCCAAAAGAAGAUGGCUCGGUUUGGGGGGGGACGGCAGGGCUGGGGGGCACAUGUUAAUCUCUUGUGUCAUCCCCUCCCCUCUUCUUCUCCACCUGUCUACACCUACGCCCUUCCCCAGCCAGUUACCCUCUUCCUGUCGAAGCUCGGAUGAGACUGAAAGCUGCUAUGUGACUGCCGGCGUUGACAGAUUCCCUGUCCGUCUGUCCUCCUGUCUGUCUCUGUCUGUCCGUUUUUGUUUGUAUGUGUGUGUGUGUGUGUGUGUGGCCCUGUGAGGGCUUCAGCUGAGGACUGAACUGAGCUGCUGUGAAGCAUGCUGGGAGGAUGUGGAACCCUCACAGCUGUGGCGUUGAGGGUUUUUGGACAAAAAAAAAAGAUGACAAAAAAAAAAAAGAUUUUAGUAGUUUAUAAUUUAAUCUGUUUUCAUGGUUUUGUUUUCAUGGUAAGUGUGGCGAAACAGUUUGCGCUGGCUGAGAGCUCAGCUGCUGUACGCCGUGGCAAGCCUUACAACAUGAUGACAAAACCAACCAAUCGCAUGGAGGAUGGCAGAUGGAACAUGCAUUGUACUGUAUUGUAUUGAAAUAUUUUACAUGAAGCAAGUAUCCUGACAAUAAAAGUGGAAACAUU